CCGCAUCUGUCAAAACAUGCAGAAAAAUUUCUGCUGCCAAUCUCAAGCUUGGUUCGCGUUUUAUUGAUUGAUUGGAAAAAUUCGCUUAAAAUCCGGUGAAAAACAGUGAGAUUAAUCGCCCCGUUGUACGCGCUUCUCCCCGGUGGUCGCCGAAUUCGCAACCAUGAGUGGAAAUCGUGGAAACUUUAGCUUUUCCAUGCGCCGCCAGGGCCAGCUUUCCGCUUCGUUUCCCAACGCAAGCGGCGGCGGCAGACCUGGCCAGCAACAACAGCAGCAGCAGCAGAAAAGUUUCUCCCUGAAUGCGGUUCCGCCGCCGAGUUCGCUGUGUGGCCGCGGUGGGUACGCUCCGGCCAAGGGCUUCCAACAGCAUCAGCAGCAGCCGGCGAGUGGGGUGUCCAAGCACGGUUACCACACGAUGGACGCGAUUGCGGCGUACUCCAAUCCGGCCUCGCAGUACACGCUGGGCAAGCGUCGGGGAAAAACCGAGGACGACUACUUUGAGGACGAGGAAGAGCCGGCUCCGCAGUUGGACUACAUUCCGGCGCCGGGUUCGCCCUCGGCCAGCGGUUCCCAAAGCAAUCGAAAGGGCGCCGGAGAAGACGACGACGACGAGGACGACGAUGAUCCGCUGGACGCGUUCAUGGCCGGCAUCGAGGCGCAGGUCGAGCGGGAGAAGAAAACCGUUCCGGCACCGAACGUGGACCCGAAGAAGGGAACGCGCGGCGACAUUGACGACGAGGACGAUGAGGAGAGUUAUUACCGCUACAUGGAGGAGAACCCGCACGCCGGCCUCCAAGAUGGGGACGGUUCCGACGGCGAGCUGGAGUACGACCAGGACGGCAAUCCGAUUCCCCCGCCGCGUAAGCGUGACAUCGACCCGCUUCCAGUGAUUUACCACUCCGAGAUUGACUACGAAAAGUUCGAGAAGAACUUUUACAUCCCCCACGAGGACAUCAUCGCGCUGGCCAGCAGCCAAACCCAGGAGCUGCGCCACAAGCUGGGCAUCAAGGUCAGUGGACCUUCCCCGCCCGCUCCCGUAACCAGCUUCGCCCACUUUGGCUUCGACGAGUCGCUCAUGAAGGCGAUCCGCAAGUCGGAGUACACUCAACCAACCCCUAUUCAAGCCCAGGGCGUCCCAACCGCCCUCUCCGGCCGUGACAUCAUCGGAAUCGCCAAAACGGGCAGCGGUAAAACGGCCGCCUUCCUCUGGCCCAUGCUCGUGCACAUCAUGGACCAGAAGAACCUCGGACCCGGCGACGGCCCCAUCGGCCUCAUCCUCGCCCCCACCCGAGAGCUGUCCCUGCAAAUCUACCAGGAGGCGAAAAAGUUCGGAAAAGUGUACAACAUCAGCGUGUGUUGCUGCUACGGCGGCGGCUCAAAAUGGGAGCAGAGCAAGGCGCUGGAACAGGGCGCGGAAAUUGUGGUGGCCACUCCCGGCCGGAUGAUCGAUAUGAUCAAGAUGAAGGCGACCAAUCUGAGACGCGUUACCUACCUGGUCCUCGACGAAGCGGACAAGAUGUUCAACAUGGGUUUUGAGCCGCAGGUGCGCUCGAUCUGUAACCACGUCCGGCCGGAUCGGCAGACGUUGCUGUUCAGUGCGACGUUCAAGAAGCGGAUCGAGAGGCUGGCGCGGGAUGUGCUGACGGAUCCCAUUCGCAUCAUCCACGGCGACCUCGGCGAAGCGAACCAGGACGUGACCCAGCACGUGAUCAUGUUCAGCAACCCGGCGCACAAAUGGAACUGGCUGCUGGCCAAAAUGGUCGAACUCCUGUCGGACGGCAGCGUGCUGGUGUUUGUAACGAAGAAGGUCGAAGCCGAACAGGUCGCCAGCAGUCUCCGGCUUGCGGAGUACGAUCCGGUUCUGCUGCACGGUGACAUGGACCAGUCCGACCGUAACAUGGUCAUCACGCGGUUCAAACGGCGCGAGUGUGACAUCAUGGUCGCGACGGACGUGGCCGCGCGUGGUUUGGAUAUUCCGCAUAUUAAAACCGUGGUAAACUAUGACAUUGCACGGGACAUAGAUACUCACACGCACCGAGUUGGACGAACCGGUCGUGCCGGCGAAAAGGGAACCGCGUUCACACUCAUCACCGACAAGGACAAGGAGUUUGCGGGGCAUUUGGUGCGCAACUUGGAGGGCGCUAGCCAGGAAGUUCCGGACGAUCUGAUGAAGCUGGCCAUGCAGAGUUCAUGGUUCCGCAACUCGCGCUUCAAGAACAACCACAAGGGCAAGAACUUGAACGUGGGUGGCGCAGGACUUGGCUUCCGCAGCCGACCUCCCCCGACCCAGGUCAAGCACACUGGUCCGCUGCAGUCUUCCGCCGACGGUGGAGCAGCUUCGUCGUCCAAGGGCCCCGCCACGGAUCGCUUCAGCGCCAUGCGAGACACCUUCCGGGCCCAGUACAACAGCCAGUUCAAGGCGUCCUCGGAUCGCACCUGGGAAAACACCCUCCCCGAGGGAGGAAACUUUGCGAAGCCGCCCCCGGGCAUGGCCGGAUUCGUGCCAGCCUCGAAACCAGACGACGAGGAACGUGACCAGUUCCAGGGUGGUUCCGGCGCUGGUGAAGACGAUAGACCGCGCAAGAAGCGGAGCCGCUGGAACUAGGAGGCAACUUGCCGGGCGCGUUCGUACAAUUGUAUUUCACUUUCUCUAUGUCGAGGACGCCCCUUUGAAAUUUUGUCCGGAAUUUCCCCCGGCUUAUUCUGCUUCCAAUUGUUUAACUUCUUUGUGUCACAUUUAACAUUACAGCGCAGAAAGUUUAGCAAAGAGUGGUGGGUGGAAUUGUGUGCGUUCAAAUGGGAAUGUUUUAAAUGUUGCGAUUACGUAUGAAAUAAAGUCUUCAUAGCCAGCAUUCUUGGUCUUCGAAAAGCA